AUGUACACCGCGCUCGACACUUUAUCGAUCCAAAUCACCGCAUCCUUUAUCAGUGAGUUGUCUGUCGUGGAAAAGUUAACUCAAGUCAGCACCCGAUACCGUCGCGCACUAUUUUCGACGCGACACCCAACGCAAAUUCCGUUUUGUCCACAUUUCACAGAGAUCUUCCCCACCAUCACGUCCGUCAUCAUCUCCACCGACUCUAUUAAGAAACUUGGUAUUUUGGUGUGGCAAAGCAAGCUUCAAGGCAUUGCUUCGAUCAGUUUAGUGAUCGACAAAGAUACACCAGAAGAGGCAUUAGUCAUUCAUCCCGCUGUCUGGCCAUUGAUCCAUGCCAUCACCAUCACGGGGUUGAGAAGAACUACCAACGUGUAUUUACUCAUUGGCCAAAUGUGUUGCUUCACCAAUUUAAGGCGAAUGGAACUGUGCGCCGAUUUACUGUUUUACGCGGACGAUUACACUAUCAGGUCUGAAGAGGAGAUCAAAAACUUGUUACUCUCUUCAUACGUUAAAGUAAUGGUGUUACAGGAGUUUGACGUGGAAGCACAUAAUGUCAUGAAAAGCGUCUUUGGCAAGUGGAGGGGUCAGGGAAUAUGUUUUUUGAAGUCAAAUUCUAACACUGAGUUGGUGCAACAAAGUAUUAGUAACACACCAAGGAACAUGAUGUACUUCUUGACAAACACGAAAAUCACUGACGGCGAUGUCAAUUUGCUCUCAACACAAAUUGUGUUAUACAAAAACGUCUUAAGUGGAAUCACACUGUCGGUUGGGACAAAGGAAAUCGCUAUGUGGCGGUCGAUUUUUGUGCUGUAUGCGAUCACCAUCUUUGGCAUCAGAAAUUGUACGGCUGAUAAGGGACACAAGAUCUUUUUCAAACUUCCACUGAUCAGAAGAAUCGAGUUAGAAGGACAGUUAAUACAAAGACCGUGGUUCUUCCAGGCUUUGGAAGAACUUGAGUAUUUCGAAACAAGCAUUCCAGAGCAGAAGACGUGGACAUAUGAUAUCUUCAAGACACUGAAAUUGAUGGAGUUGCAUUGUAGUGUCGAGACGUUAACCUUUUGGAAUAUCGGGGAAAUACAAUUAAAAGACUUCUCAAUGAAAAACAUGAUGAAGCUGAAUGAAAUGGUCUUACCAUCGACAUUGGCGUCUUUAAAGAUCGAGAACGUCUGCGAUAAGUACUUUGACUUAUACCGCCUUCACAAGUACUCACUUCUUACAAACGUCGAAGUUUUGGACUGUGUAGACAUCCCACGGAUUAUUCUACCAACGUCAGUCGUCAGUUUACGAAUGAAAGGGUGUCCGUUACUGCGCGAAAUACACAACUUGGAAGAACUUUGUUGUUUAUCACGAAUUGAACUGAACGACUGCAGUGGUAUUGAGAGUGCAAUACUACCUUUCACAUUACAGAACAUAUUUGUCAAACAUUGUGACUCGUUACCUGACAUGCAACUCUCAAAUCACACACAAUUGACUCAACUCAAGUUAUUUGGUGAUGUUGAACAUUUGACGAUGCCAAAUACGUUGUCACUUGCAUCGUUGUCCCUUUCUCCAUUGACUCAAAACUUGGUAUUGGACAAAUUCAAUGAGUUGACUGCAUUGGAAUUAUAUUGCAGCACUACACAACUCACAUUCCCACCAAAUUUGGCGCAUUUGACUAUCCUCUCAAUGCCUGAAAUAGAAAGUUUGGACUUCUUACCAGACAAAUUCCUGAAAAGACUCGAAGUACACAAAGUGCGAACCAAAAAUGGGUUUGUUGUACCUACGUCUUUGAUCUCAUUAAAAGUGUUUGACUCGUUCAUUCCAAACUUCUUUUCAUUGAAGUCUUGUCAACUGUUGACUUUGUUGGAGAUCGACCAUUGCGAUGCAAUGGAGACACUCUCCCCGCCACCUAUAAUGCAGACAUUAACACUCAAAAGUAUUCCAUUCCUUACUGCAAUAGCACAUAUGCCAAAUUCGGAAGUCUAUGCUUUAGACAUCGAAGAUUGUCUGAGUCUUGAAGUGUUGCAAGUGCCGUUCUCAUUGCAGAAUUUGGUGUGUAAAGGGGCGUAUAAUUUGAAUACAGUAAUUAAUAUCGACGUUGCCAAACUGACUUCACUCGUCUUUGAUUCUUGUGGAAACGUUCAAAGUUUAAGUCUACCAAGUACGUUGUGCUCAGUAUGCAUUAGUGGGUGUAACAAUUUAAGAUCACUCAACAAGAUUGAGUAUUUGUUCCAACUCCAAUUCUUACGGGUGGUCCACUGCCCCAAUUUAAUGGACUUCCCCAUCCCUCAGUCAGUCAGACUCUAUGAAGUAAAUAAUUAUUAA